GGGAAACAGUGAGUGGGAUGUUUGCCUACGCCCAGCUUAUCAACCGCUGACCUGAGGACAGGGUUGGAUAAAUAUCCAUCAAAGCAGAGGCGAUCCUCAUUCCACAGACGGGUCGGGCACUGGCGGCAUCAUGAUCCUGUCACUUCUGAAAGCAGUCGGAGGUCUUCUCUUACUUUCCGCCUCCUCAUCCGCACAAACCAGGGGCGACAACGUUGCAGCCUGCACCGUCAAAGAUGCCUUCGGCCAAUACUGUCCAACAACCUGUGGAGUGGCCGAUUACAUGUACAACUAUUAUCAAGCUGUGGAUGGCGACUUGGAAUAUAUGCAAAUAGAAUUGGAAACGAUCGCUAACUGGACUCGAGGGACUGAAACAACUAUCCUGGACAUGAAAGACUCGGCGACGGCUGCUCAGAAGAGCUCCCAGCCUGAUUCGUAUCAUAAAAAGUCAGCGAGUAUGCUGGAGGAUGUCGUUCGGUUCGAGAAGACCAUCAACGCACAAGAGCAGCAGAUAUUCGAGCUGCAGAACUUGAUUUCUUCUAACGAAAGGAGAAUGGCGGACCUGAAGAGUCUGGCCCUUCAGCUCCAGCUCAAGUGCAGUGAGCCCUGCAAAGACAGUGUGGAGAUCCAGCCCACGACAGGAACAGAUUGCCAGGAUGUUGCCAACAAGGGCGCCACCGUGAGUGGCCUUUACCUCGUGAAACCAGAGAGGGCACCGAAUCAGUUCCUGGUUUACUGCGAGAUUGACCAAUUUGGACGCGGCUUUACUGUCAUUCAAAGGAGACGCGACGGCAGCUUAGACUUCAACAAAAAUUGGAUCCAGUACAAGGAAGGCUUCGGCCAUCUUUCCCCAGAUGACACCACUGAGUUUUGGCUUGGAAAUGAGAAGAUCCACCAGCUGACGGUCGGCUCAACCAUCCCGUCAGUGCUGAGGAUCGAGCUGGUCGACUGGGAGGGCAACAAAAGGACUGCUGACUACAACAUGUUCCGAGUCGGGCCAGAGGUCGAUAAAUACCGCCUGACUUACGGUUACUUCAUGGGUGGCAACGCCGGCGAUGCUUUCGAUGGCUUCGACUUCGGAGACGACCCCAGCGACAAGUCCUACACGUCACACAAUGGCAUGCAGUUCAGUACCUUCGACAGCGACAACGACAGGUACGACGGCAACUGUGCGCUCCAGGACGGCUCCGGGUGGUGGAUGAAUAGAUGCCACGCGGCUCACCUGAACGGCAAAUAUUACCAAGGCGGAAAGUACACAGAGAAGGAUGCUGGAGAGUACGGCUACGACAACGGCAUCAUUUGGGUGACGUGGCACAGCCGCUGGUACUCCCUGAAAGAGACCACCAUGAAGAUCAUUCCUCUCACGCGACUCACAGCCGACGGCGGACAGCAGACAGGAGUGAAGCAGUUCGCUGGACUUUGAGCGUGAAGAGCAACUGAAUUCAAAUUUCACCCUUCUCUCAUGACUCACGACAAAGUUUAUUGGCUGCACUUAUGUAAUCGCAAAGAAUGAUUACAACACUAAAUGUCAUCCUCUCUCCAGAUAUUGUUUUGUUCUCAGUAUUAAAUAAGAAAAUAUUUCACAUCACCUAACAGCUCGCCUGGGUCUCCCAAGUAACCAGGAUGAAUGGAAAACCCUCCAUGCCUCCUACAAUAAAGUACUUUUUGGUGAUA